GUGAACAACCCCCCGUGUGUAUACGACAGAUGCCUCUUUCAAAUUUCAAAUUCCGGGUUGUUUUCGUUUUUAAAAUUCUCUAACUGAUGUCCAUGGCGAAGGGGGAGGAGGAGAUCGUCGAUCUCUGUAGUUCGGAGAACGAAGAAGAAGAAGAUGACGGUGGUGAAAAUGAAGAAUACGACGACAAAGAGGACGAAGAUGAUGAUGAUGAAGAAGAAGAAGAAGAAGAAGAAGGAGGGCUCGAGGAAACUGAUGACGAAGACUGGAGUUUGAGUGGUUAUGACAGCGAGUGGAGCGAAGAUGAUCUUUCGGAAUCGGACAUGGAUGACAUCGACGACGACGAUGACGACGACGAUGACAAUGAUGGUGGUGGUGAUGACGAGGACUCUCUCGUGAACAAAGUCAUUCAACUGCUCAAAGAGGGACGUGAUUUGAAAGUUUUGAAGGUUAAAGAAUGCAAAGCAUAUCUCAGAAAGAAUCGCCUUAGAUUGGCUGGAACUAAAGCUGUCUGUAUUGAGAGAAUUGUUGAACACUGGAGGGUAAAAGAUGGAAAUGGAGAGGUGGUUUAUCCUCAGUCAUCAUUUGUAAUCAAUUGUAAAGGAAAUGUCUGCAAAGGAGACACCAUUUUAUUCACACAGAAGGUUUAUCAGAAAUUUGAGAAGAUGAAAAGGAGUGGGAACCUUCUGGGGACAAGAACUGUAGCUGGCAAGGUUGUAAAGGAAAGCUAUGGAUCAGCUAAACAGCAGCACACAUUCACUAUUGAAGUGUGUUGGAGCAAGGGGGGUCAGAAAUUGCCUGCUCUUCAUCCUUUACUCGUGAAAGGCCGAAAUCUUUACAGGUUAAGGACUUUUAGGCAGCCAUGGGCUACCGAAGAAGACAGGCUGAGAGUCCUUUCAGAAAAAUACAAACGAGGUGCUGCAGCAAGAAUGGCUAGGGAUACGAGGAAAGAAAGGAAGAUGAAGUCUGCCUUCAUAGAAAGAAGGAAAUCACAAAACCAAUGUCGUGAGAAGAAGUCAUCUCAAGGAAGGACAAGAAAAGUCGAGAAAGAGAACAUCAAAAAGGGACAUGAUAAUCCAACCCGGUGUUUUAGACAAGAGAUGAGAGGUAGUCACGCAUUUGCCAAACACGGCCCAAAUCCUUCCUGGGGCAAUAACAAUCCUACUGAAAGGAGAAAUGUUAGUAAACCUACUCGAUCCUACACACCUCAUUCGUAUGUUCCUCGUCCAUGGGUACCUAAUGCCUAUGUCCCUCGCUCGAGUGGUCCUCAUUCAUACGCUACCUUCAAUGUUUCCCAUUCUCAUGUUCCUUAUUCAGAUGCACCCAACUCAUAUCCAUAUGCUUAUCAAACACAAAAUCCUUAUGUAUCCCAAAACCAAAGGCCUCCACCACUAUAUGAUGGAAGCUCUACCUCCAAUGCCAACAGACCGGCAUGUUUCGACCCUCAGCCUCAGGCCUAUAGAUCCAAUAUCCCGGUUUCAUAUCGAAGUAGAUCACACGGGAACCAUCAUACCCGCCACGCCAAUUCGUAUCAUAGCCACCACAACAGAGUGAGGGACCUGGAUCGCUUUUCAGAAAUGAGGAUUGAUCACAGACCCGGAGGAGAAACAUACAGGCGAGAGUAAGGAAAAUCAAAGAUCACUUCAGACCGAUGGAUGGUUAUAGGCAAUCACAUUCUUGGGCUUUUUUCUUUCCUGCUAAUCAGGCAAAGAAAGGUACGACCCUCUCGUUUCAAUCCUUUCUGUGAACGCUUGACAGGUUCGUUUUCUUGUCAUGGGCCCCCUUAUUUGUAAGGCAGAAACCAGAAACCAUUUUCGGGUACCUUCUUUCAUGAUUGGAUUUUUUGUCCCGUGACUGAGUAAGAGUACUUCUCUUCAAAGCCUGGAAGGCUGGUGAAAGAGAGUAA